AAGUCCAAUUAUUGCUAAUGGCGGGUAUUUUUGCGGAAUAUGCAAAUUUUAAGCUAUAGUUCGCUUACUGUUACCAUUUACAUAAAACUGAGUAUAUGAAAUAAGAGGUCUCUUAGUAAAUCGAAGAUUUUUGUCGGAUAAACAAAGCAAAGGACCAGAUUCACCUUAAUAACAGGACUGUUGGACACUGACUGUUAUCAUGUGGCAGCUACCCGUUAACUACUGACUCAAACAGAAACCUGACAGGAAGACGGCGUGUGAUUGACUUCAGUAAAAGAGCGACACUUGAGAUGCUAGCUCACCUUAAUGUCUGUCUCAGUGAAGCAAAACAACGAAAUUGCAGCUCAUGUAGCGAACUUAAUGGUAGGGAAGAAGUUUAGCUUGUAGUACAGGAACUCAAGGUUCAUUCAUUCGACCGCUGGCUUCGCUGCCAAUGAAUCUCGUGAAGCGGAAAUGGUUCCGUUAAGGUUAUCAGUGCUUGUAUUAGUAUUGUUAAUACCAGUUAUACAAGUUAAGGGUACCGCGAAACUAAAUAUCCCAAAAGUGUUGCUACCGCUUGCCAGAAGUACCAGAAUCUCCUACACACUGGAAAUAAACAACGGAGGCUGCUACAGAUGGUCUUCCUCCAGACCCGAGGUGGCCAGUAUCCAGCCCAUAGAAGAAGAUAAUGGCACAGGCUGCUCCCGAAAAGCUGUUCUCCAGGCUCUCUCCACACAGCCUUCCAGGCUGACCAGCAUCAUACUGGCUGAAGAUGUUGUUACAGGACACGUGCUGCGUUGCGACGCAAUAGUUGAUGUCAUUAAUGAGAUCCAGAUUGUGUCAACCACCAGAGAGCUUCACCUGGAGGACUCCCCACUAGAGCUCAAAAUUCAUGCACUGGACUCUGAAGGAAACACCUUCACCACCCUCUCAGGUCUGGUAUUCGACUGGACCUUAGUGAAAGAUGUAGAUGCAAAUGGAUUCUCUGAUUCUUACAAUGCAUUACGGGUACUUAAAUUCUCUGAGUCCACAUACACUCCACUUGCAUACAUAUCUGAAAUGGAGCGUGUCGGGAAACAGGGGGAUGUUAUAUUGGUGUCCGGACUGAAAACAGGACAUGCUAAGUUGAAAGCCAAAAUUCAAGAGCCUUUGUACAAGGAUGUGGGUGCAGCUGAGGUGAGACUGCUGAUUUUAGAGAACAUCCUGCUGAGCCCUGAACAUGACGUCUACUUGUUGGCCGGAACUUCCAUCCGUUACAGAGUCCUGAAGAUUAGACAGGGCAUGAUGACAGAGCUCCCCAUGCCUUCUGAUAAUUAUGAGCUGCACCUUCAGAACAGCGUGGUUGGCCCUGAUGGGAACCCAGAGGUUGCUGUGGCCAGUCUGGAUCAAAGCAGCUCCACAGCUACAGCAAAUCAGAUUGGACACAUUAACGUGGUGUUGGAUCAUAAGAGCCCCCGAAUGCAAGGAGUGUCUCACCUUCCAAACAACACACUGUACGUGGUUGAACCAGGCUAUCUAGGUUUUAAAAUUCGUCCAGGAGACAGCUGGGUUCUUGAAACUAGUCGAGUAUAUGAUAUCUACAUUGAAGUAUUUGAUAAAUCUGGCCACAAAAUUCACCUCUCAGAUAAUGUCCGUAUUAGCACUGUUUUCCCUGUGGAGUACUUUGACCUUCAGCAUUCAUCUCUGAACGGAUCAUAUCAUCGUGUUGAAGCACUAAAAGAAGGUCUCACUGUCAUUGAUGCUACCCUGACAGCCAUUGUGGAUGCUAGUGGAACAGCUCAUUCACUCACCAACCCUGUCCACAGUGAACAGGAUGUAGAAAUUUAUAACCCCAUAGUUCUUACUCCCAGUAUACUUACGUUUCCAUGGCAGCCUAAGGUUGGAGCAUAUCAGUACACAAUAAAGGCUACAGGAGGAAGUGGAAAUUUCAGCUGGUCUGCCUCCAAUACAGCUGUUGCCACGGUGACGGUGAAAGGAGUGAUGACUACAGUCAGUGACGUUGGCCUCAGUGUAGUUAAGGCUCAUGAUCUACGUAACUCACUACACUUUGGUCAGAUGAAGGUGUAUGUUGUUGAACCCGUGGCCAUGGACUUCGCUCCAUGCGCAGUGGAGGCCAGCGUGGGUCAGAUCCUAGAUCUUCCACUCAGGAUCUUUGGCCUGCUGGAUGAAGUGGAGAAAGAGCAAGUCAUGUUGAGUGACUGCUCCCACUUUGACCUGCAGGUAGAGGAGGACAACCAUGGAGUUUUUCAGCUACUUGACGAGAGAAUGGCUCCGGGCCAGGACCGCUGCAGUGGGGUGAGAGCCCAAGCCCUUGCUUCUGGCUACACCAUGCUGACUGUCAGUUACACCCACGGCAACGUUCACCUCAGUGCCAAGAUCACCAUUGCUGCAUAUCUUCCCCUCAGAGCUGUUGACCCUAUAUCCGUGGCUGUGGUAACUCUGGGAUCAUACAAAGACAUGAUAUUUGAGGGCGGACCACGGCCUUGGGUUUUAGAGCCCUCAAAGUUCUUCUGCAACUUGCGUGCAGAGGAUGAAUCAAGUGUGAGCCUCACUCUGACCAGUCCCUCGUCACACACUUACAACCAACACUUGGUCAGAGCAACCUGCACAGCUUUGGGAGAGCAGGUGUUGGAGGUAACUGUGGGGAAUGAGCCUAGCGUGACCAAUCCUUUCCCAGCUGUGGAGCCGGCUGUUGUGAAGUUUGUUUGUGCCCCUCCAUCUCGCUUCACCCUGGUCCUGGUGUAUACCAACCCACAGCUGGACCUGACCUGCCCCCUGCUGCAACAGAACAAACAAGUGGUACCCGUUUCAAAUUACCGAAACCCCGUACUGGAUUUGGCUGCUUUUGAUCAACAAGGAAGGAAGUUUGACAAUUUCAGCUCCUUAAGCAUGAUGUGGAAAUCGAGCGUGGUGUCUCUGGCGAGUGUUGAACCCACUAUGCCCAUGGAUCUGCUACAAUUUGAGGAUGGCAACAAACAGAUGAAACUUCACGGACGUCGCACGGUUCUUGUCCAUCAUCAGACAGGCAUGGCUGCCAUCACAGUGACUGCUCUGGGUUACCAGGUUUCCCAUCUUGCAGCAGCUAAUGUACCCAGUCUAUAUGAGUCCUUGACUCCUGUCUCAGCCACACUUGAGCUCCUGUUGGUAGAAGAUGUGAGGAUCUCUCCUGACGCAGUGACCAUAUACAACCACCCAGAUGUGCGGGCAAACUUGGCUCUACAAGAAGGCUCAGGAUAUUUUUUUGUUAAUACCAGCGUUAAAGGGACAGUCGAUGUUGUAUUCCAGGAGGCCCAAAGAAUAGCUCAGGUGUCUCCCAUCCAACCAGGGGAAGUGAACGUGAUGGUUCAUGAUCUCUGUCUUGCUUUUCCAACCCCUGCCAAGGCCUCAGUCCACGUUUCUGGCAUCCUGGAGGUUUCUGUCAGGGUGGUAGAUAAGGUGGAGAUAGGCAAAUCUGUGACGGCUUAUGUCAGAGUGUUGGAUGAUAAUAAGAAGCCCUUCCCAUCCAGCUAUUUCACUUACAUGAAUCUUAAACUCAAAGCAGCUUCAUCCAUAGUCUCUCUAAAAUCAUUAGCAGAAGCCACAGAAAAAGACACAGCUGUUUUCCAGGUGAAAGGUGUUUCUAUUGGUCAGACCACUGUGACCGCUUUCGUUGUGGAUAAAAAUGGGAAAAAAAUUGCAUCCCUACCUCAGCAAAUUGAGGUAUUUCCACCAUUUAAGCUUAUCCCAAGGAAAGUAACUCUAUUAAUUGGAGCUAUGAUGCAGAUCACAUCUGAAGGUGGCCCUCAGCCUCAGUCCAAUAUCCUUUUCUCCAUUUCCAACAAGGAAAUAGCGUCUGUUAACAGCAUGGGUCACGUCAGGGGUGUGGACAUCGGCAAUGUUACUUUGACUGGAUUGGUCCAAGCUGUUGAUGCAGAGACUGGAAAGUUGGUCAUUGUGUCUCAGGAUCAAGUUGGAGUCGAGGUUGUGCAGUUGGCAGCCAUUCGAAUUAAAGCACCUAUCACAAGGAUGAAGACGGGAGCACAGAUGCCUGUGUAUGUGAUGGGUCUGACCAGCAGUCAGACACCCUUCUCCUUUGGCAGCGCUCUGCCCAGUCUUAGCUUCCACUGGUCCACCACUAAGAGAGACAUCCUAGAUGUUGAGUCAAGACACAUUGAGGCUAACAUGGAACUCCAGUCAGAGCACAACUUUGGCAUGAGGGUGACGGGAAGAACAAGAGGGAGGACAGGACUGAAGGUGGUGCUUAGGGUAACAGACCCUCAGGCUGGGCAGCUCCUAGGGAAUCUGCAGGAGCUAACAGAUGAGGUUCAAAUCCAGGUAUACGACAAGCUGCAAAUGCUUAAUCCUGGAGUAGAAGCCGGGGAGUUACUUAUGGCUCCAAACUCAGCUCUUAAACUUCAGACUAACAGGGAUGGUGUGGGUGCAGUCUCUUACCGAAUGCUGGCCUGCCCUGACCAGGUUGUUAUCGCUCAAGUGGAUGAUAAGGGCUUUCUGUCUUCUGGCUCACUCACCGGCAUCUCUUCUCUACUGAUCUCCUCGCAUGAGACCUUUGGUGUCAAUCAAACUCUCAUCCUUGCUGUGAAGGUGCUGCCUGUGUCCUACGUGAGGUUCAGCACUAGUCCAGUUCUCUAUACGCACAACAAAGAGGGUCUGAAAACCUUUCCCCUCGGAACAGUGCUCACCUUCUCAGUCCACUUUCAUGCCAGCACUGGGGAGACCCUGCACAGCUCCAACACACAACUCAUAUUUGCCACGAACAGAGACGACCUGGUGCAGGUGGGGAUAGGGCCUGCUAACAACACUCUGACCGUGAGGACCAUCAACACAGGCCUCACUCUUCUUGCUGUGUGGGACAGCGGAAACAGGGGUGUGGCGGACUAUGUUCCUAUACCUGUGGGGCAUGCUAUCUAUCCACAUGGUGCCGAGAUCCAUGGACUGGUGAUUGGAGAUGUGGUUUGCUUCAAUGCCCCUUUGACUGGUACAGAUGGUGGUGAUGGUACAUGGAGCUCCUCAGCUGAUGGUGUUCUUCAGGUGGAUCCUAAAAGUGGUGCAGUUGUAGCCAGAGGUGCUGGAGCAGCCACUGUGUACUACGAGAUUUCUGGCUUUUUGAAAACAUACAUAGAGGUGGUGGUGAAGGCACCUUCAAGGACAGCUGCUAUGGCUUCGCCCACAGCCGUCAGGAUCGGCAAGAAAACAAAAGUCCUCCUCACCACCACAGAAAAAGGAACUCACCUAAUUGGAAGCUGCUCUGCUGCCCAGACUGAAGCUAUUUCUCAGCUGCAGCCACAAACCUCAGUCAGCUGCCAUCUCAGCUUCACUAGCGAUGCCGUGGACUUCCCUGCUAAUGAUGUCUUCACAAAGCGCGUCAGCUUUGACACCAGCUCUGGCCUCUACACAUGUUCCAUAACCCUGCAGCCAGUAACAGAGCAGCAAAAAUUGUCCACAACCAACCUGCUGGUGAAGGCCGGCCUGGAGGGCAGUGCGUUCUCUGGGGAACAAGUGAGUGCCAUUCUACCCAUAGAUCUGGGCCUGUACUCUGACUCAACAGAACUGCUGCUCUCAAGUCUGCACCCAUCAGCUGAGCUCACCAUCUAUGGCCCCACAGCCGCCCUGUCGGAUAUGAAGGUUGUCUCUACUUCUCCAAACAUUGCUAUCCAAGAGAAAGAGGUCCAUCAUACCUAUCCGAGUUUUUCCAAGUACACCAUCAGUGCUGUGGACCCUCAGGCAGCAGUCUCGGCCUCUAUUUCUGUUAGCAGCACUUCCUAUGGCCAGAAUCUCGUCAUCCCAGUCACUUUGAUUCCUGUGGCUGAUGCUCACGCUGCCAAAGAAGCAGCAGCUCCCCUGGUGAGUAACCAGCCAGGGGGCCACUCCCUGCAGAAUCUCAUUGACAGCUACCAGAUGAUUUUCUUCUCCCUGUUCUCUCUGUUGGCCGGCACAGCUAUCAUCAUCAUCGUCCUCCACACGGUCUUCUCUCCCAGGGAAAAUGCUUAUCAUCCCGUUUUCAUUGCCAGGACGCCACCAGCAGACUCAGGUUUAGGCACUCCAGAUGGGAAUUUUUUCAAUCACAGAAUACCGAGAGCAGACCCAAACAGCAGUCCCAGGUCACGUCUCUAUUCUCCAAAAUACGGGUCCUGAUAAAGCUUGCUGCUGUCAGGUCUCCUCCUCCUCAAAAAAAAAAAAAAAAAAAAAAAAAAAACCACCACAGGCCAUUAAUGCAUAUUGAAUGUGCCUCUGUCCCUAUGUACAAAUGCAGUGGGAUGUGGCUGCAAACUCACUUGUAUUCACAUGUAAGUACAGGCGCUUGAGGAAACUAUACUUUUUUUUUUUGAGAACAGCAGAUCAGUUCAGAGCUGAGAGCUAUUUUCUCUGUUUUUUGUGUGUAAACAGGUUUAUCCACUUUUCUUGCGGUUUGAAAAACGUUUUUUAAAAACAACCACUCAGUUGCUUAGUUCUAUCUUUUAAGGAGUUUGCAGAGUGCUAAAACCAAAUAACUCAUUUGAAUAAGUCUACUUCCUGUAUUUGUUUGUGCUUUAUUUGUGUGCUAUGUAUCAUAUUUGACAUGUGAAAACUAAUAUCUCAGGAUGAACCUUGUUCUUGUAUGACAGAGAGGAAAUGUUAAUAAUAUUUUUCCAAAAAGUGCAUUUCCUUUGUUAUGUUGUAGCUCAUGUGUGAAAAUGCUGUCACUGAGACCGUCCUCCUCAGGUGAGGAACCCAUUAAUGUGCAGAAGCCUCACUUGGAAAAUCACUCUGUUUUGGGCAUUUUGGGAAGUUAAACUUCACGUUGUUGAACACUUCUGAGUUUUGAGCCACAGUGCAUGUAGCUCCUGUCUAUUUCAUAAAUGUGAAACAGUUAAGGAAUGUGAACAGUUUUCAGUUUUCAUUUAAUGUUUAUUCAAUUCAGAAUCAGUCAGAUGUGACCUUACUGUAGCGCUGUGGGAUUACAAGAACAUAAUAGUGUGACUUUGUUUUUAAUGAGAUAUUUUUGUAUUUGAGGAAAUAUGUUGAAAAGGACUCGUAUUUAUGUUAGAAAGUGAAAUUCAGUUUUACUGUAUGAGGAGUCACAUGGCUUCAGAGAUUUUUUUUGUGUCUAGAAUUCCUGGUCCUGCCUUACAAUCAGAUGUGUACAGCUUUUGGCACAUAAUGCAGACACAAGUUUGUUAAUAUGCUCUUGCUUUUGCUAA